AUGGCGGAGGCCCCGCAAUGCCGCCGCGUCGGGAUCCUGGGCUACGGGCAACUGGGGCAGUUCCUGGCGGGGCAGUUGCUGGCCGAGGGGCCCCGCCGGGGGCUGGCGCUGGCCUUCGUGUGGGCCCGGGACGGCGCCCGCCUGGGGCCGCUGCCGCCCCCCCUGCGCCUGCCCCACCUCCGCCUCCUGCCCCACACGGCCGUGGACCUCGUGGUGGAGGUAGCCCACCCCUGCAUAGCCCAGCAGCACGGCGAGGAGAUCCUGGCCCACGCUGACUUCAUGGUGGGGUCUCCCACGGCGCUGGCAGACCCGGACACGGAGAGGCGGCUGCGGGCGGCGGCGGAGCGCGGGGGCCACACGCUCUACGUGCCCCGGGGCGCCCUGUGGGGCUGUGAGGACAUCCAGCGCAUGGACGCCGCCGGCACGCUGGCCGCACUGAAGGUGACGAUGACGAAGGCACCGCAGAGCUUCCGGCUGGAGGGGGAGCUGCGGGAGCGGCUGGCGGCGGUGGUGGCGGCCGGGGGCCCUGGGGUGCUCUACGAGGGGCCCGUGCGGCCCCUCUGCGCCCUGGCCCCCAACAACGUCAACACCAUGGCGGCUGCCUGCGUGGCCGCCCCCCGCCUCGGCUUCGACGGUGUCCACGCCCGCCUGGUGGCCGACCCCAGUGUCCCCGACUGGCACGUGGUGGAGGUGGAGGUGACAGGUGUCGGGGAGCAGGGCCGGGCUCUGCGCGUCACCAGCGCCCGCCGCAAUCCCGCGGCACCCGGGGCCGUCACCGGCACGGCCACCCGCGACGCCUUCUGGAGCAGCCUCCUGGCCUGCCGCGGACACGGCGGAUGCGUCCAGCUCUGCUGA